ACGAAAUGCCAACGAAAGUUCACCGAAGUGACAAUUAAACAAAUUAGCACCAAACUCAUUACUUCCCUUAUUGACUCGUGAAUAGUAGCCGUGGUCCCCUACCAGCACGCUUUCAUUUCUUACCGUAUUAAUGAACUUCAAUUUUUGAAUUGUUAUAAAGAAGCAGCCAGGAAAUUAAAGAAUAAUGGCUCAUAAAAUGACCAAAAAGAACUUGUGGUUUAAUCUUUCUAGUCCAACAAAUUCAAUAUAUGAAUUAAGGCAGCAAAAAACAAUCAAAUUUCAAACAGUUUCUUCUUUUUUCUUUCCUUUCUAGUAAAUCGCUUCUCUUCAACUGCUACUAAAUCCUCACCUUCCACUAUGAUGUAUCAUUUCUGUUCUCUUCUGGGCUUCUUCAAAGGUUUGAAGCAAAAAAAGAACUCCACUUUUAGACAAAGUUCAGCCCUUCCAGAGGACAUAUGCCGUCAAUUUUCACUAGCCGAGAUCAAAGCUGCUACCAACAACUUUCAUCCAGACUCUGUUAUUGGUGCAGGUAGAUUUUGGACUACUUACAGAGGUACUAUCGAUGAUGGAACAAUGGUUGCUGUCAAACACUGCCAAAGCAGAUCGUUAGACGAAGUUAGAGAUUUCCGAAAUGAGGUACAGAUGCUUUGCCAGUUACGCCACCCACAUCUCGUCUCUCUCAUCGGGAUCUGCCUUGAGCAAAAUGAGAUGCUCAUUGUCUUAGAAUACAUGAGCAGAAGGUCUCUUGCUAAUUUUUUCAAUAGGAAUCUGGACUAUGUUCCACUUGCUUGGAAACAUAGGCUACGGAUAUGUAUUGGUGCAGCACGUGGCCUACAUUACCUUCACACUGGAGCCAAGCAUGCUGUAAUCCACCGUGCCAUCACAAGCUUAAACAUACUUUUAGAUGAUGAAUAUUCUUGUAAGCUUUCCGAUUUCGGCUUGUCCAAAAUGGGUCCUCCUAGCAUGUCAAAAUCCUUCAAAAAAGUGGAGUCAAGAAUAGUGGGUACUUAUGGAUAUAUGGCUCCAGAGUAUGCAAUGCAUGGGGAACUGACAGAAAAGUCUGAUGUCUUCUCGUUUGGGGUGAUUUUGUUUGAAGUUCUUUUUGGUGUAAGAGUUAAUGAGUGGACAUCACCCACGUUUAAACAAAACAUACUUGAUCAGGCUAUUGAUCCAUACCUCAAGGGGAGGAUAGCUCCAGAAUGUUUCAAGAAAUACUUGGAAAUUGCUUGUAGUUGUGUCCACAAAGAGGGAAAUGAACGGCCAGCAAUGGGUGAGGUGGAGGUAACGCUAGAGCUUGCCUUGGAGCUACAAGAGAAAGCAGACUCUGAAUUGGAGGGACUCGAUCCUCAUGGUGAAUGUAUGUACGGAGAAUUAUCGUUUUGUGGCUCUGUUACCAAUUUGGUAUUUGGUGGAUACCCAUCAGAGACAGAUAGCAAUAAUUCCGAUGAAAAUAGUUAAAUACUUAUCGGAAUCGUAUAGCAAUUGUUGCUUCAUUCCGGCGCACCAACCGGAUACAGAUAGAUCUUUUAAGGGAAAAAAAUAAUUAAGUGUUUAACUCAAUUGAUUUAUAUCAUACUUAAGGGAAGGCAUUGAUGGGGUUCAAAUCUCAUCACUUAAAAAUCUUUUUUCCUGCGUUUUUUUAUACCAACAAUAAAAAGAAAGAACACAAUCAGUAUGUCUUACAUCAGUCAUUUUCAUUUAUUGCAUGGCAGAUCAAGGAUGGAUUAGCUACUUAGGAAUGAUGACAGAAAUUAGUUUACGCACUAGUUUACACAUCCGAGCUUAUAUUGAUUAAAUCAUGUUUAUUAAUGUUUUUAAUCAACUUUAGUAAGUCAAAAUUUAUGCUAAUGCAUUUUGCCACUGCAUCAAACUAAGACUCAAGUCAUCAUUGGCAGACUUGAUGAAACACAAAGCAUACAGGGCUGACAUUUCAUCGUUCUGACUUAUCUCUUUGGCUGUUUUUCAUUCACUUUCGAGUGAUCAUAUUAACACUACAUAAGAAUAUCAAUAAAUUUGACUGGAAUACACAAAUCCUACUACAUUUUUUCCUAUAUUGACCAGAUAAUGACAGCAACUCAAAGGAUUCCCAAAAGUUGAACAUUACUGCUUGAUCCGAACUUUGAAAUAGUUAUAAG